CGCCUCUGUGUUUCAGUAUUGGAGUUUUUAAACUGUUAACUCUCGCAUUGCUAUUGAACAGUUAAAGCAAUAUUUUUUGUCAGAACUUUUUCAAGUUUGAAUGAAAAAAAGCGUUAUUCAACUCUCACUGGUCCAUAAUUGGAGAAUGUUUCCGAUUAUUAGUUCCGUCAAUUCUAUUCCGAGAAACGAACUGCCACAAAACGAAAAACCAGCCCAUCGGUCGCAGAAGCAACGCAUAGCAAAAAAUAAGCGUCAACUGACAGUGAUCAAAUCAUUUAAGCCGGCCAACAAAUCAACGCACUUGUGCAAGACAAAUGUGACGUCAGACGGAACAGUUGUCGAAAUCAACGAACAAAAUGGUGCCAAUUUGGUAACAGUUACGUUUCCACGAGGAUGCGUCAUUGGGGAGAGACUAGUGUCUCUAGAAUUCCUCGGAGUUAAGGGGAAGGAGCUUAAAAUAUCAGAUGGUGAACCGGCAAAACCAUCAACAAGAAGUGAUCACGACGGCAAAGGAACAAUGCUAACGGACAUUCUCAGAUUAGUCCAGCCAACGGACUGCCCUUUUCUCUUGCCGGUCACAGUUAAAUUCCCUUUAUCUGAACAACAAAAAGAACAGAUACAAGAAGAUGAUUAUGAAUUGGACGAGGACAACUUGCUAGGUAGAACGGCUGAAGUGCUGGAUGAAUCUAUUCAAUUGAGCUCAACUGUGUUUUCUGACGUGGGGUUUUUUCUGACUAAAAAAAAAGCAGUAGUGGCUGCUUUGAGAAUUGGAUCGAAAGCAGGUGAAUUCUUCACAAAGAGCGAUCGUUAUUUGAAGAUCCGCCAAGUUGAAAGCAACGUCACUGAUGAUCAAUAUUAUCUGGAAAUUUCCUGUGAUAAAUUCGAAACCUGGCAGGAACGAUAUGAGUACUUGAGAAGAACAGACAUGUUUUACACGAUUGCCGAUGAUAUCAAACCGAACCAAACGAUUUUCUACGCUAUUUUUACAGGUCUGCUAAAAGUGUCUACGAGUGAUCCAAGCACAAUAGAAUUCAAGCUCAGAAACAGCGAUCUCAGGCCAUAUAAAAUGAACUGCAGUUUUGGUAACUGUGAAAGAAAACCAUUCUUAAAUGUGAGCUCCGAAUCUUUCGGAGGAGCUGGCAAAGUAGACUUUCGGCUCCUCAGUAAAAAAGAACUACGAAGCUUGAAAACUUACACAGAGCUUAUGCCCGAAGCGGAGACGCUUGGAAAGGCACUGGUCAUGCUUGGUGAUAAAUGGAUUCACUUUCUCGCCGACAAUAAGUUUGUUGAGAAUAAAAGUUACCUGGCUGACUUCAUUGAAAAGGAUGCUAAAUGCGAACUCGAAGCUUUUUUGUCAUCGCUAUCGCGCGUACCACGCGUUUCAUUUCCACCUAUUGGUUUUUCUACUGCAGAUUGUCUAAAAAUACUGAAAGACUGCAAAGACAAAAGUGUGGGAAACGAGGAAAGAAUGAAAACCUCUUUCUUUAGCGCUAUAUUACCAGGACACAAUUAUACUUCGGCUUUAACUGAUGACAACUUCAACAAGUUGGCCUUCUGUCUGAUGUACGUUCCACAUGACGAUGUGCGUGAAGCGCUUCAGAAAUGCAUUGACCUGGGACAACCUUGCAGGUUGAACGAGAAAGCACUCCCUGAACCGGUUAGGAAAUGGUUGAAAGACAAACGUAUCUACCAUGAGCAAAUGGACGUUGAAAGACGAGGUCCAAAGAGAACCUUCCAGCAUGAAAACGGAUCCCUGUCAGCAUCCUCUGAAAGUCCAGUCAAAAAGAGAAAGACCGGCAGAGAUUAAAAAUUAGAUAAUUAAUACAGUUAUACCCCGUACCUCAGUAAAAGCAUUAAAACACUCACACGCACUCUUAAAUUACUUUUCAUGCAUUUAUGGUGCAGGUCAGGUACAUGGCUAUAUCUCUACUGCCCAUUUCACAUACAAACAUGCUGCACCAAUGACAACACGUUUUGACUCAUACCAGAGUCUCUCUCGUGUGGAUAACUGUAUAAUGUACAUUAUACAGUUAUCCGCGCGAGAGAGACUGGUGGUUGGAUUGAAAAAAUGGACAAAAAUUUUGUUGAAAACUAAUACUACUCUUGAUAAAUAGCACAGUACUAAAUUAGGCAAAUUUUGAUGACUGCAAGUUAGGGAAGAUCUUUUACCAGACCAACU